AACUUUCUCCCGUCGAGGGGGCGGUGGUCAGCGCCACCCCGCUUGGUGGUCAAACCACCCCACAAGCUUUGGCGAAAUUCGGAACACGGUGGAGGAGUUCGCCGUCCCCGAGAUGCCGCCGCCGCCGCCGCCGUCGGUGCGCACGAGGAGCGUCACCUCCGUCGCGCUCCCGACGCACGGAGAUGGCGGCGGCUGUCGCCGCGUGCCGCUCUCCCCGUUCGACGCGUACUGGGUCGCGCUGCCGCCCGUCCGCCGCGUCUUCCUCUUCCCGUCCCCGCCGCCGUUCGGAGACGUCGUACGCGCGCUCAGGGACUCCCUCGAGGCGGUGCUCCCGGCGUUCUACCCCUUCGCCGGCGCGCUGGUCUACUCGCCGGAGGAGGAAUCGCUGUCCAUUGUCGUGGAGGCCGGUGGCGGCGUGGCGUUCGUGGAGGCCGAGACGGACCUCGACCUCGGGAGGCUCGUCGACGAAGGGGAGGAGCACGACGAGGACGCGCUGCGGCAGCUCGUCCCGGACAUCCGCCGCGACGAGCUCCCCGCGCCCGUCAUGGCGGCGCAGGUGACGGAGUUCGUCGGCGGUGGCGGGGGCGUGGCGGUCGGGGUGGCCAUGCACCACGCGGCGGCGGACGGCCGCGGCCUCUGGCGAUUCUUGGAGAUGUGGUCCGCCGCCGCCGCAGCGGCCGUGGCCACCAGUGUCAGGGAGGCCCUCCCACCGCCGCUCCACGACCGGACGCUGGUGCGGUUCGACGGCGACGGCGAGCUGGCCCGGCUGUUCUUGCGGCAGAUCGCGCCGGACUUGCCCAAGAUCGUUCACGCGCCCCUGCGCCAAUGCCCUCUCAGCCGGCGAACGUUCACGUUCGCCGCGCCGGCGGUGAAGCUCCUGAAGCAGCGCGCCACCGUCGGCGGCGGCAAGACGCCGUCCACGUUCGCGGCCAUGGCGGCGCACGGGUGGGUCUCCAUCGCGCGCGCCAGCGGCCUCGCCGACGACGGCGGCGGCCCCGUGUUCGCCGUCUUCCUCGCGGACGCCCGCGCGCUCAUGUCGCCGCCGGCGCCCGGCGCCUACGCCGGCAACUGCGUCGCGGUGUGCGCGGCGUCGCUGGAAGGGGCGGAGCUCGCCGCCGGGGCGGACGCGCACGCGCACGCGCGGGCGGCCGCGGCCGUCGGGGGCGCCGUCGACGCCGCGAGGCGCGACCCGCUCGGCGACCGCGCGCGGUGGCACGACAAGUUCGCGCGCAUCCCGCCCGGGCGCGCGAUGAUCAUGGCCGGGUCGCCGUGGUUCCCGGCGUACGCGGUGGAGUUCGGCUUGGGCAGGCCGGCGGCGAGGGCGGAGCUGGCGUCCAUGAACCACGACGGGGAGGUGGUGCUCGUCGCCGGGAGGGAGGCUGGGUCGGUCCAGGCGUCGGUGGCGAUCGCCGCCGACAAGAUGCCGGCGUUCCGUGAGAUGUUUGUGGUUGGGUGCGGAUGGGGCGAGCCUGACUCGAACUAGUUCUUUUUAUGUCUAAUUAUAGAUUUUAGUAUAAUGAAAUAAAAUGUAAUUUUCGUAAAACCCUAUCUAUUAUGGACCAGGUCACCCAAAACCAUCGGGAUUUUGGCAAGAGAUAUAUAACCCUAGUUUUUAUG